AUGAUUGAACGAUUAAAAUAUAUUUUAAUAUUACUAUUAUGUAUAGGUAUUUUAAUUCAAGAAAUUUAUGGAAAAAAUGAUAUUUUAAAAAAAGAUAAAAGACAGGCUGCUUCUGGUAAUGUGGGAGAUAAUUGUCAAUAUAAUACAGAUUGCCUUUCUGGAAUGUCAUGUUCUUCUGGAAGAUGUGAAUGUUUAUCAACAUAUGUAUCUAUAUCUGGAUAUUGUUAUCUUAAAAAAGGACCUGGUGAAAGUGGUUGUGUUGAUGAUAAACAAUGUAGUAGUGUAUGGCCAGAAACUUUUUGUGAUUUUACAGCUGGUGUUGGAACAUGUCGUUGUGGGGAAAAUAAAGUUGAAAGAAGAACUAGAGAUGGAAAUGUUUGUUUAGAUGUUCGUGAUGCUAAUGAUAAUACAUUAGCUAUUAGUUGUCCAUUACCUGAAGGUGCUGGAUAUACAUCUGCUUUAUCAGAUCCUCAUCAUCCAAGACAAAAUAAUGGACCAGGACCUGUUUUAUGUAAUACUGAAUCAAUUAAAACUUCACAAAUACCAGGAAGUGAAGAAAUAGGUGAUGGUAGUGCUGCAUGUCUAUUUCCAUCUGAUAAUAGUUAUUUAGCUGAUAUUUAUGAUUGUGUUGGAUUUGUAUCACCAAUAGAUUUAUCAUCUGCUGGUUAUUCAUCAAAAGCAAAUGGAAUUUGUUGUCCAAAUAGAGCAUUUGUCUGUAUACAACCAUCAGCUACUGGUCCUAAUCCAUCAGAACCUAGAUGGUAUUAUAAUACUAUAACAGGACAAUGUAGUCAAUUUAUGUGGGAUCCAUUUGCUUCAGGUCCUGGUGAUCAUAGUCCAAAUAAUUUUCGUUCACUUGAACAUUGUGAAUCAUACUGUAAAGCUUAUUGUCGUGGUUCACCUGAAUAUGAAGUAAGAAAAACAUUUGUUGAAGAAACACCAAUUACUGGAUGUUCAGUUAAUACACCAUGUAGUAAUAAUUUUGAAUGUAAAUCUAUUGGUUCUCUUAAUUUAUGUUGCCCAUCAACACAAUCAAUAUGUAGUUCAAUUGGUGGUAGACCAUUAGAUUUAAAUAAUAGAGAUACAAUAUAUCAUUCUGGUAUUCAUAAACAAGGAACAUCCCCCUCAACAAGAUUUUAUUAUAAUCCUGAAAAUGGUAAAUGUUCACCAUUUACAUAUAAUGGUGCUGGUGGUAAUUAUAAUAAUUUUGCCUCCAGAUUAGAAUGUCAAUUAUUUUGUACACGUUUACAAUGUGAUAGAGGAAGUCCACUACAAAUUGGUGAAGAAACACAAACAUGUAGAUCAUCAGCACAAUGCCCAAGUACACAUUUUUGUAAAGUUGAUCAAGGUGUUUGUUGUGCUAAAAUGCAAACAAUAUGUAAUCAACCAUUAAGAGUUGGUAAUUGUGAUAAAAGUGUACAAAGAUAUUGGUAUAGUCCAAGUACCAAAGAAUGUCAGGCAUUUCAAUAUAAUACAUGUAAUGGUAAUGAUAAUAAUUUUGAAACAUUAAUAGAAUGUCAAAAUUAUUGUAAAAAUGCUACACCAGAACCAAGAUGUCCACAGGGACAAGCAUAUAAAGAUCAUAAUGGUAAUUUUGUAACAUGUUCAACAAAUAGAGAUCAAACAGUAUGCCCAGUUAAUUAUUAUUGUCAUUUUGAUGGAACAAAUUAUGGAUGUUGUGAAAAAAAAGCAUAUACAUGUUCAUUACCAAGUCAUAAAGGUAUACAAUGUGGACCUGGUUCUAGUAUAAGAUAUUAUUAUGAUAAUCAAAAUCAAGAAUGUGUCUCAUUUCAAUAUAAUGGUUGUGAUGGUAAUUCUAAUAAUUUUCCAAAUCUUGAAGAAUGUCAAAAUUAUUGUUCUGUUGGUGGAUGUCCAAAUGGUUUACAACCAUUAAGAGAUUCUACAUCAAAUUUAAUAUCAUGUUCUGAUGAUGAUAAUAAAUGUCCAGAGACACAUGAAUGUUUAAUAAUAUCAAUUGGAAAUAAAGUUAAUUCUAGGUGUUGUCCUUCACGUUCAUAUAUAUGUUCAUUACCACCACAACAAGGUUCAUCUUCAUGUUCUGGAGGUUUAUCAGUUGUGACAAAAUAUUAUUUUAAUAUAAUAAAUCAAAAAUGUACAUCAUUCUUGUAUAAUGGAUGUCAUGGAAAUUCAAAUAAUUUUCCAAAUCUUGAAGUAUGCUCAAAAUUUUGUCUAUCAGCAGCAUGUGAUAGUGGUGAUAUAGUUUAUUUAAAUCCUAAUACUCAAGAACCAUUAACAUGUAAUAAUAAUUUACAAAAUACCUGUCCAAUUAAUUUUUCCUGUACAUAUGAUAAACUGACAAAUCGUAAUGUUUGUUGUGGAAGUACAGAUAUGGGUGUAUGUCCAGAGGGAGAAAAAGCUUAUAUGAAUGCAAUAGAUUUUACUGUUAAAGAAUGUUUAAUUAAUGAACAACAUUCCUGUCCACCAAAUUAUUUAUGUCGCUUUAAUAUUGUAAAAAAUAGAUAUUAUUGUUGUGGUAAUGUUGAAAAAAAUUAUUGUCCAACUGGAAGAGCUUCAUUUAUUGAUAGUACUACAAAACAACCAGUUCGAUGUAUUGUAAAUGCUAAAAAAAAUUUAUGUGGUGAUGGUUAUGUAUGUCUUGGUGGUUUUAAAGGUGCAUUACAGGGAUAUUGUUGUAGUAGUAAUGAUAUAUGUCCUGGAAAAGAAGAUUAUUUAAUUGAUGAAGGUUCUAAAAUGCCAAAAGCAUGUCGUAUAGGACAUUUCUUAUCAUGUCCUAAUGGUUAUCAAUGUAAAAGUAAUGGUAAUAUUGAUGAAGAAUCAGGAUAUUGUUGUAAAGGUACACCAAAAUAUUCACCACCUCCAACUGGUGACUGCCCACCAGGAGAAUUUAUUUAUAUUAAAAAUAAUAAAAUUGUUGAAUGUAAUCCUUUUGGAUCAUUAAGUAAUAAUGGAUGUCCUAAUGAUUAUUCAUGUCAAUGGAGUAAAACAAAUAUGAAAUAUUUUUGUUGUGGAAAAUUACAAAAUUAUGAAUUUACUGAAGAAAGGAAAAAUGAACAAGAUGGUUGUCCAGCAAAUCAAAUUGCUUUCAUUGAACAAUCUACUGGAACUCCAAAAUUAUGUACAGCUGGUGGUUCUGAUUGUCCAUUAGGAUAUUUUUGUCAAUUUAUUAAUUCAAAAAAUAUAUUCCAAUGUUGUGCUAUUCCAUCACAUUGCCCCUCAAAUUUAGUUGCAUUUAUUGGAUUAUCAGGAACACCACAAACAUGUAAUCUUGGAGGAGGUGGUUCACCAUGUCCAUUUGGAUAUAUGUGUGUUAAAGGUCGUGCUGGAUAUGAUCUUUGUUGCACUGGUCCUAAUCCAUGUGAAGAAAAUCAAUUAUUUUUAAAUGGAGAAUGUUAUAAUAAAGUUAAUCCUGGAGAAAAAUGUGUUGAUACAUUACAAUGUUUAGGUGGUAGUACCUGUAGAAGUAGUUAUUGUAUGUGUAAAUUAUAUGAAGAAGUUGAAAAUAAUAUUUGUAUUUCUAAAAAAGAACCUAUUAAAGAAGUUGUUAAAUUAAUAUGUAGAUCGACAGAUGUUGAAGUUGAAGGUAUAUGUCUUCCAAAAAGUGAUUUAGGUGGAAGUUGUACAUCAAGUAAACAAUGUAUGGAAUCUCAAGGAACAUGUCAAUCAGGAAAAUGUAAAUGUCCUAAAUAUUUUAUGUUUAAAAAUGGAAAAUGUAUACUUGGAUCAAGUAAAAAAAUUAUUAAUACUAAAAAAACAAAAAUUGAAAAAAAUAAAGUUAUUCAAAAACAACCAGGUGUAGAGAAAUUAAAAAAAAUUCCAAUGAGAAGUAGAAAAACAGGAAAUAAUAAAAAUAAUAAUGAGGGAUUAAUUGAAGAAAUUUGUCCAAAUAAAAGAAAACAUUUUAUGAUUAAUGGUGUACCACAAAAAUGUAUGAAUGGUAGACCAUGCCAUAUUGGUUAUAAAUGCCUUUUUACAGUUAAAGAUAAACAAUAUCAUUGUUGUAGUAUAUCAUCAACUAUCUCCAAAAGUAUUUCAUCCAAAUCAUUACAAAAUAAAAAAGAAGAAGUUUUAAAUAUUUGUGUAAAGGGUACACCAUUACUUUAUCCUUCUAGUGGUAAUCCAAUAGUUUGUAAUUAUUUUCAAAAAUGUCCUGUUGGUAGUUCAUGUAUAAAAUCAACAUCAAAUAUAAUGAAAACAAUAUGUUGUGAAUUAAAUAAUUUAUCACAAAAAAAAAAGUUAUCUUCAAGGCAAAGAAAACCACAGACAAAAACUAUUUUAACUAAAGAUAAAUUUGAUUUUUCAACAUAUAAAAUGUUGAAUCAAUUUAAAUCAAUUGUUACACCAUCUAUGGGACAAACACAAAGAACAAUUCCAUAUGUUCCAAUUGAUACAUAUGAUGAAAUAAUUGAAGAUGAAUUACCAGAAAGUGAUACAUCAAAAAAUGAUGUUGUUGUUGGUAUUCCACCACAAUCAUCAUUUCCAUGUCCAUCAUAUAUGGUACUUUUAGAAUUACAAGUAAAGGAUAAAAUUAUUCAACGGUGUCAGACAUCCUGUCCUCUUAAAAUGUCCCCAGUUCAUGGUGUAUGUAAAAGUGUAGAAAAAAUACAAAAUUUUAAAAAAUUAAAAAAAAAGAAUAACUUAUAA